AUGACAAAACAUUCUGGAGGUAGAACUCUUCAACGUAUGAGGAUAGAUUUCAUGGGACCCUUUCCCACAUCUUUUGGUGAUCUAUACAUACUCUUGGAAGUAGACUAUGUGUCCAAAUGGGUGGAAGCCAUAUCAACACCUAAAAAUGACUCUAAAACCGUGCUGCAAUUCUUGCACAAGAUCAUAUUCACAUGUUUUGGAACACCACGAGCUAUCAUCAAUGAUGGAGGCACACACUUUGACAAUAAAUUAAUUGCCAAGGCACUGAAAAGAUAUAGAGUACGACAUUGGAUAGCCAUGGCAAUCGCCCCCAGACUAAUGGACAAGUUGAAGUCUCUAAUCGGGAAAUCAAACAGAUCCUUGAGAAAGUGGAAAAAUAAGGUCCCCGAGGAACCAUUUGAGGACUUUAUCAAAUCCAAGGAGGGAAUCACCAAGAAGAAAGUGCCAGAGUUAAUGAGUUUUGAUGACAAUGCCCUGUAUGAAGGUCUGGAGAGAGGAGCCAAAUUUGUUGCCAUGGCCAGAAUGGCGGCAGUGGUCAUAUACACGUGA